AUGGCGGAGCCCAUCUCUAUCAUCGCUUCCGCCGUGACAGUGACCGGAGCAGCUAUUACUGUUGCUGACACAGUACUAUCCUUCAUACUUCAACUGCAGAAUGCCCCUCAUGAGAUCGCAUUCCUCCAGAACGACGUCAUCGAUACACGGCUCAUUCUGUCAAACAUCAAAGACAACACUGGUGAGAAUCAGUCUCUUGACCGACGGCUUGCUAUUCCAGGUGCUACUGGUCCUUUUGGCAAUCCUGAAAUCAUCUCCAACGUAGAGUAUUCAAUCAAGAGGAUAGAGCGAAUUCUACUACAAAUCCAAGUCAUUCUCCGGCACGUGACGAAGUCUCGAGGUCUUGGUAGGACUACCAUUCAUCACAGGCAAUGGGUUUUGCAUCGUUUGAAGAUGAGAUCACUCCGCCAGGAACUUCAAGAGCUGAAGACAAGUGUGGCUGUACAUUUUUCUGCGAAUAGCAGUGUUGUACUACUAAAGAGAAUUCUGCUGGAAAAUGCGGAGACUGUACAGCGCCAAACAGAGCGAAGUGAUGAGUUCAAUGCAACCCUCCAAGGGCUCGUGCAACGACUGGCCGAAUAUGGCAGAAUACCGGAGAUACAGCGUCAGCUCGCUGCACUUGCGGAAAACCUGAACUCUUCAGUCGUCACUUUGGAGCAAAGGUCGAGACUUACCACCACGACAGUGACAAAGUCAGCUCCAGUGAUCUCAAUUCCAUAUGCCGCAAACAAAGGGAGUGAAAAUUUGGACGCCGAGUUGCCUUGCGAUUUCCCGCCUGCAACUACAUCAACUACAGUAUCGACAGAAUCCGUUUCGAAACUGAAGCUCGAGUUCUCUCGAUUCCAAAAGAGAGGCUGCGUUUCUGAGUGUGUUUGCACUUGCCACCAGAGAAAGAAAUACAGAUCGCCGUCUUUCGCGCAGAAAGUACUCGGUGAAAUCUUCAUAGGCUUUUCUAAUCUUCCACUACUGUCUACUGGCUGUUCAGAUACACGCUGCACCCAGAAGUCACCCUUUUCUGCGACAUUAACUUACUACCUGCCGACAUUGUUUCUGAGGAAGAUGCUCUCCCUUGUCCUAAUUACAACUUCCCAGGGUGAUCCUGCGGCUUGCUUUAAAGUCCGACCAAUCAGUUCAGACUUCUCCAUAUACAGAGCUGUUGAAGGCAAUGACGUUCGAACGGUCCGAAAAAUGAUUGGCAGUCGUCAAUCGCAUGCAAGCGCUACUUUCAAGGGUUUAACGCUCCUCACAAUGUUUAGAUCCCCACUUGAAUUAGCAUGGAUCAAGAUACUUGGCAAAUCGUUCGAACAUGAAACACAACAAGAAAUGGAGCAGAUCUUCAGCGACCGAGAUUGUCUUGAGGAAAUGGGUUUCUCAAUCCUCCAUCAAAUCGUCCUAGGAAUCAAAACCUCGUCUCUAGUCGAUUACAUCUCGAACAACCCAGGUUGCGUUAACAAUACCGAUUCUCAUGGCAGGACUGCUCUUUCUUGGGCUGCCCAGCGAGGUAUGUUAGAGACCGUCAAGUCUCUGCUUGAAUUUGGCGCAAAUCCAAACCUAUGCACACCACGCGGACACAGUCCUCUCAUGUACGCAGCGGAGGCACGGAACCCUGACUGCCUUCAACCACUUCUUGAGAAAGGAGCUGAUGUUACGCAAUGCGAUGUUGAAGGUCAGACGCCAUUGCACUAUGCUGCAGGACACCGAUCUGAUUUGGCAUACUAUCGGCCAUUGAUGGAAGGAAAUUCCGAUCCAAACUGGGCAACCAUCCCAGGCAUGACGCCACUCACGACAGUCAUACUUGAGGGUCACAACGAUGCGAUGGAGUAUCUGGUAGAGAAGGGUGCGGACACCAACUUGAAAGGCCACGACGAGAGAUCUCCGGCCUUCUACGCGGUCGAGUAUAACAAUGUUCCUGCAUUGAAGUAUUUGUUUGGCAAAGGUGCAAACUUCACAGGAGCAAGCCUUUCAUACCCCAGCAUCGCUCACGUGGCAGCCUACCAUGCCAAAGUCGAAACUCUACGUGUCUUGACUGCCUUUCGAUUGACCUUGAGAGACGUGGACUGUGUAGAUAAUGAAGGUUUGGCGAUUCCACAAAUCGUGGAUAAACGGCUACGAGAUGGCUUGAACGUAGAAGAAGAUUUCGCUCACGCUUUCGGUAAGUUCUUGAAGAGUGUGGGGACAGAGGAAAUGACAAAAAGUGACGAUGAUGAAGGAGAGGAAGAUGAGUUUCAUGAUGCUGUGGAACAGAUCGUCGCGUAA